AUGUCCUACAUCGCAGCGGGAGCAACCCCCGGCGGCUCGCAGGCGACGCUACGCGACGGCAACAAGCUCAAGGCGCUGUUCGACGCCAACAAGCCUGCCCUGGGCGGAUGGCAGAUGAUUCCCGGGUCGACGAUUUCGAGGCUCUUGGCGCAGUCGGGCGUGGACUGGGUGGUGGUGGAUUGUGAGCACGGAGGCUUGGAUGACCGGGCAAUGCAUGAGGCUGUUCCUGCUAUUGCGGCUUUGGGAGUGUCUCCUGUUGUUAGAAUUCCAGGCAUGGAGCCUUGGAUGGUGAAGCGUGCUUUGGACACUGGAGCUCACGGCGUCCUUGUCCCCCUACUACGUACCGUCCAAGAGGCCAAGGACCUCGUCCAGGCCUCCAAGUUCCCCCCUUGGGGAAAGCGAGGCUUCGGAUCUCCUUACUCGGCCAAGCAGUUUGGGCGCACCAUUAGCUCUGCCGAUUACCUGGAGCAAGCCAACGAGUCUGUCCUGACCAUGGUCCAGAUCGAGACCAAGGAGGCUCUCGAGGCGGUCGAUGAGAUUGCUGCUGUCGAGGGCAUCGACGUGCUGUUCGUCGGACCCUUUGAUCUGGGAAACAACAUCGGCCACCGCAUCACCGCGGAAGGCAUCCCCCAACAACUCGAAGAAGCCCUCCUCAAGAUCCAAGCUGCCGCCAAAAAGGCCGGCAAGAAGAGCGGCAUCUACACCCUCGACCCGGAGCACGCCAAGACGUGCCGGAAGCAAGGCUUCGACAUGGUGCACAUUGUCACGGAUUACAUGGGCAUCGAAGAGAUUGCGAAGCAGUCUCUCACCGUGGCCAGGAGUUAG